UAAUUGCGUGUAUGUAAUUAUCAACAUAUCGGUCAUUUCCCCUCUAAUGCAUAGACAUACGAGAACAAUUUUUGAAAGAAACCCUAUUUAAAGCAAUGCAUUGUUUAUGACGUGGAUAGCAUUUAGUUUGGAGGGAACCAACAUGAAGGUUUUGCUAGUUUUUCUCCUUGUCCCGGUGGUUUUUGCCAACCCUGCCCCACCGGCCUGCUCACCCCCGCAGGUGUCCAGCAUCCCCGUCCAGUCGGGGUUUGAUUUCGACAGAUUUUCAGACAAUGGGUCCAAGUGGUACCUUGUCCUGUAUAAUAAGAUGAUUGCAGUCCCGGGAUUGAAUGUCCCACUCGACGAAUCCAAUGUCUUCUUCCGAUUUUUCAGGAACAGUAGCACCGAAUUGACUGGCAAAAUGGUGGGAAGAAUCCGCCUGAAUAAGUUAAUUCCACCAUUCUGUACCAGCCAGAAAUCCAAGAUCACUCAAAGCACGGUAGAGCCAGCCAAACUGCACCAGACUUUCAAAAACCCUUUCUCCAAGAAACCGUUAUCCUUUCACUAUUGGAUCCUCCACACGGACUACAGUAAUAUGGCGGUGGUGUUCGCGUGCCAGAAGGAACUGGGGGACGCUGUUUUAAAUGUUUACAGUUAA